CAUAGAGCAACACACGCCAAUCAAUCACACUGAACACUUUUCCUCCAGAUAUCCAUCAGUAUCAGCAUAAUCCCCUACAUUGACGAUGCUGAAGCUUCCGACGAGCACACAGUCAAGUUGUGGGUAUAGCUAUCUGGUGUUUCAGAAGCCAUGGAUAAAUCUCCAGGGCGGCAAAAUUCCUCUACUGUUGGGACGCUCAAUCCCAAACCAAAAGAAACAGAAGAGGGUGGUUAGGGUUCGAUGCUGCAGCAGUGGCAUGAACGUCAAAGCCGUGGCCACCAUAGGUGAAGGCGGAAGAGAAAACACGGAGAACAAAUCAGCCAAGGUUAAAGUCACUUUAACAGUUCUGCAAACUGUUGAAGGGUACUUUUCGGAAGUCGGUUUCAACCGAGGGAUCGACGAUAUCGCUGAGUUUCUCGGUAAAUCUCUUCAAGUGGAGCUCCUUAGCGCCCAGCUUGAACCCAAGACGGGAUUAGAGAAGGAGGCGAUAAAAGGGUUCGUGCACAGGACGGGGCAAGAGAAUCAAGAGGUGAAGUACGAGGCAGUGGUAGAAGUGGGAAGCGAAUUUGGGGAGAUAGGGGCACUGCUGGUAGAGAAUGAACACCACAAGGAGAUUUUCCUCAAGGACGUCCUCCUCGAGGGCCUAGCUGCCGGCCCCCUCCGCUUUUCCUGUAACUCCUGGGUCCACUCCAAGCACCAGAGCCCCGUCAAGAGGGCCUUCUUCCCCAACAAGUCUUAUCUGCCGUCGGAGACGCCGGAGGGCAUCCGGAGGAUAAGAGAGGAGGAAUUGACCGUGGUGAGGGGCAACGGCACCGGAGAGAGGAAAAGCUACGAGAGAGUGUACGAUUACGACGUGUACAACGACCUCGGAGAUCCCGACAGCAAGGACGAUCUCAAGAGGCCUGUUCUCGGCGGUCACCAGCACCCUUAUCCCAGGCGCUGUAGGACCGGACGUCCCCGCUGCCACAAAGAUCCAUUAUCAGAGAAAAGAAGCAGCAGCGUGUAUGUGCCGAGAGACGAAGCCUUCUCAGAAGUGAAGCAGCUAACGUUUUCUACGAAUGCGGUGUACUCAGUGUUGCAUGCCGUGGUCCCUGCGCUGCAGACCACCCUGGUGGACAAGACUCUCGGCUUUCCCUUGUUCUCCUCCAUUGAUUCUCUUUUUAACGAAGGGGUUAACUUGCCUCCCCUUAAAACCCAAAGCUUUCUCAGGACCCUUUUGCCUCGCCUCGUCAAGUUCAUCAAUGAUGCCGAACAAGACAUUCUCCGUUUCGAGACGCCCUCCACUAUGGACAAGGACAGGUUCUUUUGGUUUAGGGACGAGGAAUUCGCCAGGCAAAUUCUUGCAGGUCUCAACCCUUGCAGCAUCCAAUUGGUCACGGAGUGGCCGUUGAAAAGUACAUUAGAUCCCAAGAUCUAUGGCCCCCAGGAAUCAGCAAUCACCACUGAAAUCGUCGAGAGAGAAAUAAGAGGUUUUGCCACUGUCGAAGAGGCCAUAAAGCACAAGAAGUUGUUCAUCCUCGACUACCAUGAUCUGUUACUACCAUAUGUGGAGAAGGUCAGACAACUUGAAGGCACCACUCUAUAUGGCUCCAGGACACUGUUCGUCCUGACCCCAGACGACACUUUGAGGCCUUUGGCCAUCGAGCUUACUCGGCCACCUAUGGGGGACAAGCCGCACUGGAGGCAAGUUUUCACGCCGGGCUGGCACUCAACCAGUGUUUGGCUUUGGAGGCUCGCCAAAGCCCACGUCCUUGCCCAUGACUCCGGCUACCACCAACUCGUCAGUCACUGGCUGCGCACCCAUUGUUGUACGGAACCAUAUAUCAUUGCGACCAACAGGCAGCUUAGUGCAAUGCACCCGAUCUAUAGGCUACUGCAUCCCCACUUCAGAUACACGAUGGAGAUAAACGCUCUUGCUCGUCAGGCCCUCAUAAACGCAGGUGGAAUAAUAGAGAGCUGCUUCACUCCUGGAAAAUACUCCAUCGAACUUAGCUCGGUCGCCUACGACAAGCUGUGGCAAUUCAAUUUACAAGCCCUGCCCGCCGACCUAAUCAACAGGGGAUUGGCGGUGGAGGACCCCAAUGCUACCCACGGCUUAAAGCUGAUGAUUGAGGACUACCCUUAUGCCAACGACGGCCUCGUUCUUUGGGACGCCAUCAAACAGUGGGUUACCGACUAUGUCGAUCGCUACUACCCAGACCCGACUUUGAUCGAAUCGGACUAUGAGCUCCAGGCUUGGUGGGAAGAGAUCCGAACCGAAGGCCACGCGGAUAAAAAGGACGAGCCUUGGUGGCCGGUUCUUAAAACACCCAAGGAUCUCGUGGAAAUCGUGACCACCAUUGUUUGGAUAACAUCGGGACACCACGCGGCGGUUAAUUUCGGGCAGUACGCGUAUGCCGGGUAUUUCCCCAACCGACCCACGAUUGCCAGAACUAAUGUGCCGACGGAGGACCCGUCCGGCACGGAAUGGGAACUUUUCUUGGAGAGGCCAGAGCAUGCGCUAUUGAGGUGCUUUCCUUCUCAAGUUCAGGCGACGACGGUGAUGUCGGUGCUAGACAUUCUGUCAAGUCACUCGCCGGACGAAGAGUACCUGGGGAGCGUGAUCGAGCCGUCGUGGGAGGAGGAUCCGAUGGUGAAAGCUGCGUUCGAGCAGUUUCAAGGACGGCUGAAAGAGCUGGAAGGGUUGAUCGAUAAGAGGAACGCAGAUCCAAAUCUGAGGAACCGAAACGGCGCCGGGGUUGUGCCGUAUGAGCUUUUGAAGCCGUUUUCUGAAGAACCAGGAGUUACUGGAAAGGGAGUUCCGUACAGUAUCUCCAUUUGAAGUUGCCAAACGUGGUCGUUAUUUUUUAUGUUACCGUUGCAGUUGAAUGCUUCGAUUAUAAGAUUUAGCUCAAGAAGAGAGGUUAAUCAUGUACUCACGCAUUUGGAACUGCCUCAUCAUGGACCUUCGGGUUGAAAUUGGUCUCGAUAAGAUGAAGUUAUUUUGAGCUUU